AUGGGGAAGUCGAAUUUGUUCCAGAUUGCUUGCGCCGAUGUGCGUGAGCGUUUUCACUACGCCGUCUGGCUUUUCAUCAUCGUCUGCCGCAACAUGUCUGCCAGUGGCUGGCAGUACGACGACUUCCUGUCUCUCCUACCCGAUAUCCUGCUAAUUCUUUUGGCUGAAGUCGCUGUUGAUUGGAUAAAGCACGCUUUUAUCUCUAAGUUCAACGUCAUUGCCUCCGAUGUGUACGAAGAGUAUACAGUGAGCAUUGCAUACGAUCUUCUGCUAUGUCGACAGGGCAAGAAUACCUCCGAUUAUUUUGAACUCCUCGCUCGACGUAUGGGCCUCACGCCGUUAUCACUAAGCUGCCUUAUCAACGUGAUGAUUAUUCAGACCGUCAAAUCCUCGUUAAUCUACAUCUUUCUUCUCCUCGCUCUGCCUUUGCUAUUUGUGCUCAAAGUACUGGUUCACAUCAUUUUGCUGAACCGCGCCUACGCCCAUGUGCAGGCCUACACUCAACUGAUGACCUCUAAGCUAGCCAAAGAGGCAGCAAUGGCACCAACCACGACCGGUGUUUCACCUAUUCUGACCAAGACCUCCACUACCGCCGCUGCAUCUAACACUGGAAUCACAGCCGUUGGAGGCACCGAAGAAGUGGAGGUUAAGCGCAAGACGACCAUCUUUUAUCCUCCUUACACCGGCUAUGAUCAACCAACGCGGGAUGAGGGCCAAUUGGCAAUGCCGCAGCUGCCGCCACGUCGGUCCCAUAGCGACACGGCCUGCGUUCCUCCUAUCGUUCUGCCUAAAUAUCUCUCUCCAGCCACUGCUAUCACCACCCCUACUGAUGGUGACAGUGAAGAAGCCAACAUUGCGGACGAUGUAGAAGAGGACUUUUGUUCGCUUCAUAGCUUCUCCACUGACACAUCCCCAGGUUGGUUAAGACAGAGGAGCCUUUUGAAGGCGCCACUGCUAGACAUCGAGGCGCGUUUUCGACACUUCCUCGUGGACGAUGAUGAUAUGCAUAUCUCUCAUAGGAGGACUGAUCGUACGCCGUACACUGCCAUACUCCGUUACCCUUAUCUGCUACCAAUUUCUGGAUCCUCAUGGUCUGACCAGAAUAUUUGCUUAUUUCGAUUUCUAUUUUUGCAUUUUUCAGAACUGACCUCCGUCCUUACCUCACCCGAACGAGCAGGCACACUGGAUUUUCCUAGUCAAAUAGAUCUGUCGCCCUGGAGUAGCAACUCCUUCUUCCCCACCUCACCAUUUUAUGAACCAGCCCUCAUCCAGCAUCAACAACAAAGACAAAACCACCUCCAUAGCUUAGAUUCCUCUCUUGCUCCGUUAUCCACUUUGUCUUGGAAGAAUUUGCCCUGCUGCAGACGGUUUCCAUCUCAAAUUAAUCGUAGUCACUGCAACCGACGGUGUUUUAGUGUAGACGAUAUCCCAUUGAUCUUUCCACAACAGCAAGAGCAAUCAGUACAACCACCAACCGCUCCAAGUAGCAGUGAAGGAGCAGCGACUAUGGGGGGAAUUGCAGAAAAGCACGUACGUUUCGCUUCACGUCGCCGACUGCACACUGAGACUGAGACCUCGAGCUUAUUGAUCUUGGAGCAGUUAAGCUCCAUCCUCAAUGAUGAGACUGCGCAUCUGGAAGAUGCGGCGUAUGCAGAUCUUCUUUCUGAUGAGGAGGUAGCUGCUAUGGAGACGAAGAAGGGGAAGGCAGUAGUGACGGUGGCGAAUCCCACGGCUUCUAAAGCAGAAGAGAUGAUGAAGGAUACAUCACAGGCAUUGCCUUCCUCUUCCUCAGCUGAAGAUGAAAAGACAGCAGCCAUAGCUGCUGAGGCGUCUGUCAAACAGCCUCUCUCCAAUGUUGAUCGGUACUCCAUGCUUGGAGGGCAGAUUAGCUGA